UCUUAUAAUCUAUAAUGGCUCAUCUGGUUGAAGAAGCGGUCAUCAAGCAUGCAGAUAUGGCUGAAGAAAUGCAGCAGCAUGCAGUUGACUGUGCAGCAUAUGCAUUUAAAGAGAAGCGUUAUCUGAAAGAUGUAGCAUCAAUUAUUAAAAAUGAAUUUGACAUUAUGUAUAACCCAACCUGGCAUUGAAUUGUAGGAAGGUCAUUUGGAUCAGAAGUAACUCAUACGCUCAAGCAUUUUAUAUACUUUUAUUGGGGAGAAGUAGGAGUUCUGCUGUUCAAAACUGGGUAACAUAAUGUCAAAUACCAACCUUCUAAUAAUC